ACCGUAAGUAAGUACAGCCUGCGUACACUUAGUACUCUUAGUAGGACGGUCAGUCGAAAUCGAGUCGUGAUCAGAACAGGUAACGUCCUGUUAGUGCACGAAAAAUUACGCGAAAAACGUGAUUUUCAGCCUUAAUGUGUUUGGUACUUUAUUUUUAACGAACUGCCCAUGGAAGUUUGUUAAUUUUGCACUUUUAAGAACAUCAUUUUGGAAUUCGUUCUUGGGGAAUAUCGAACAAUUCUAGAUAAGAAGAUCGAAGAACCAAAGCCCGAACCAAGGAACUGAGAAAACAUAAAAAAAGUGAAAUGAAAAAGUUUAAAGUAGUUUCUGCAAUACAGAAUUAAGGCACCAAGAUGUUGCAGCAAAUUCUACGCGACAUGUACGUCGAUCCAGAAAUUCUGGCUGAAUUAGACGAACAACAAAAGCAAACGUUAUUUUGCAAGAUGAGGGAGGAACAAGUGCGCAGAUGGAAAUCGUGGAAUGAAAAAUUAGGAGAAGAAUCCAUUAAACCUAAAGCAAGAACUAAAAAGAAAAGCGUUAGCUUUAUGAAGGGAAGUGACGGCGAGCCUUGGGUGUGGGUUAUGGGUGAGCAUGAGUACGAUAAAAGCAUCGAAGAUAUCCUGAAUGAAGAAGCCAGAGAACAGGCACGAAAAAUCGCAGAAAAAGAAGCUGAACAACUGAGAAAGCAAAUGGAAGUUCAACUUUCCGAAUACAUCGAGCUAAGUCCGAAAAUCGAAGAUCUCGCUCCUUCGCAACUCGACUUUCAAGAUGACGUGGACAUUUAUUGUUCGGUGGACGAACUUAGAGAGAAAAUCAACACAAAGUCGUUGCAAAAACCUCCCAUACCAAAAAAGCCCGCUUAUCAACUGAAUUCGUAUCAAACCAAAAUUAAUAAAUUUAACUUUGUUGAUGCUAGGGACGUUCUAAACGAGACUUCGUUGAACGCACAAGUAGCGCAAAGAGUGGCACUGUUCGAAAAGAAAAUGGAUGAAAGGGCGACGGAAAUAUUUAAAUGCAUCCGGAAAAAGCAGGAACAAGCAGCAAAAGAAGCCGAGGAAGAAGGAAGGAAGAAGGACCAAGUGUGGCGAGAACAAGAACGUAAGGCAAAAGCAGCAGAGCUGCAGAUACGGGAGAUAGCUAGAAGAGCACGAGCAGAACACCGACUGACUUCUGAUAUGGAGAUAGAUACCAGUUAUAGCACUGUUAAUAUAGGGGUGCCUCCUAGCAGACAGCCAGUGGUCGAUUGGUACAAGAAUACCGAAAGAGCUAAAUUGGCGGGACUUGAAAAUGCAAAUCAUGCUGAGCCAUGGUUUCAUGGUCUUAUCACCCGAUCUCAGGCUGAAAAGCUUCUUCUUGACCAGCCAUAUGGAACAUUUUUAGUGAGACUGUCAGAAAAAAUAUGGGGCUACGCCAUUUCAUAUCGAGCUGAAGAAAAGUGCAAGCAUUACUUAGUAAAUGCAUCCCAGAAAUAUCAUUUUUGCGGAAAUAAUCAGUUGGAGUAUGAAACUUUAGGCGAUCUCAUCAAAUACCAUCACAUCCAGCCAUUGUCCAGUGGAGAGAAGCUAAUCUAUCCAUGUCCUCGAUUAUCAUCUGUAGCAAUUGAUGAAUUGCUCGAAACGGUUUGAACUAGUAAUAGUUCACAUCCAUAAAAACACCGCUUUCACAUAUAUUUUAUGAAUUAAUGGUUGCCAAAAGUUGAGUCACUUAAGUUAGCUCAUGCUUUCUUGCUCGACAGCAAGAAGGAAAAUAGAUCUAUAGUCCUCAUGGCCACUUUGGCAGAACUGAAUUUGUAAAUGUUUGUCGAAAUGCACGUUACUUUUAUUAGAAGAUCAUCCUAACUGUUUAAGGACCUCUGUGAUCUUUUCGGCAUUUUUAUGGAAAUCUGGCUUUAGUUAUUUUAUUCAAACGACUUUUUGUAUUUGUGCUUAUAUUAAGUAUGUAGGGAUGUAGUUUUAGGGUUUUUUUAACUUUCGAUAUUUCGAUAUCCUAGAUUUUAUUUUAGUUUCGACUGGUGUUUUGAUUCCAAUGUAUCCCAAAAGUUUAAUUAUUUACACCACCGAAUUUUGUAAUUUGCUUUUUAAUUAAACUUAGGUAAUUAUUAACUGAACAUUGAUAGAUGAGAGUUGCCGAACUAAGUAAUUAAUAACUCGCUUGAAUAUAUGUAGUUUUAUAAAUGUGAUUUUAUCAUAGGCCGAUUAGUUGUAUGCAAUUUUUUAUUUUCUAUUUUUACUAAAACUUAGCAAAGUUAGUAAUUUCUCCUAGUGCCUUUUGCAUGACUGCGCUUUUUAUAUUUUAUAUUGUUACUAGAUAUAUUUUAUAAUACAAUAAAUGUCAUUUUAUAAGAA